UCACUCGCUCGCUCGGCGCCAGGAGGAGGAGGAGCGGGAGCAGACCCAACUUCCGGGUAGUGCCGCCGCACGCCACCGGCAUCUUGCUUUUCCUCCCCCUCCCCCCGCCGCACCCCUCGCCUCUCCCUCCUUUCCUUUAUUCCCGGCCCCACCUGCCAAAAUGAACAGCUCGGACGAGGAGAAGCAGCUGCAGCUCAUCAGCAGCCUGAAGGAGCAAGCAAUAGGCGAAUAUGAAGACCUCAGAGCAGAGAACCAGAAAACAAAGGAGAAGUGCGACAAAAUUAGGCAAGAACGAGAUGAAGCUGUUAAAAAACUGGAGGAAUUUCAGAAAAUUUCUCACAUGGUUAUAGAGGAAGUUAAUUUCAUGCAGAACCAUCUUGAAAUAGAGAAGACGUGUCGAGAAAGCGCUGAAGCUUUGGCAACAAAGCUAAAUAAAGAAAAUAAAACAUUGAAAAGAAUCAGCAUGUUGUACAUGGCCAAGCUGGGACCAGAUGUAAUAACUGAAGAGAUCAACAUCGACGAUGAAGACGCCAGCACAGACCCCGAGGGCGCCGCGGAGACCUGCGUCUCCAUCCAGUGUCAGAAGCAGAUCAAAGAACUUCGAGAUCAAAUUGUAUCUGUUCAGGAGGAGAAGAAGAUAUUAGCCAUUGAAUUGGAAAAUCUCAAGAGCAAACUUGUAGAAGUGAUUGAAGAAGUAAAUAAAGUUAAACAAGAAAAAGAUGUGUUGAAUUCAGAAGUUCUUGAGCAGAGAAGAGUCUUAGAAAAAUGCAAUAGAGUGUCCAUGCUGGCGGUGGAAGAGUAUGAGGAGAUGCAGGUCAACCUGCAACUAGAGAAGGACCUUCGAAAGAAGGCGGAGUCAUUUGCACAAGAGAUGUUCAUUGAACAGAACAAGCUGAAGAGACAGAGCCACCUUCUGCUGCAGAGCUCUGCCCCCGACCAGCAGCUGUUGAAAGCUUUAGAAGAAAAUGCAAAACUUGUCCAGCAACUGGAAGAAGAGAGAAUUCAGCAUCAGAAAAAGGUGAAAGAAUUAGAAGAGCAGCUGGAAAACGGAGCACUCCACAGAGAGAUACGCAACCUCAAACAGCAGCUGGGGCUUCUGGAAGAGGAUAAAAAGGAACUGGAAUUGAAAUACCAGAGUUCUGAGGAGAAAGCCAGAGAUUUAAAGCAUUCCGUGGACGAGCUCCAGAAGCGGGUGAACCAGUCAGAGAAUUCAGUGCCACCGCCUCCGCCGCCUCCGCCGCCGCUUCCCCCUCCUCCUCCCAACCCCAUCCGAUCCCUCAUGUCCAUGAUCCGGAAGCGAUCCCAUCCCAGCGGCAGCGGUGCUAAGAAGGAAAAAGCAGCACAACCAGAAACAACCGAAGAAGUCACAGAUCUGAAGCGGCAAGCCGUUGAAGAGAUGAUGGACAGAAUUAAAAAGGGAGUUCAUCUUAGGCCAGUGAAUCAGACAGCCAGACCGAAGGCAAAGCCGGAAUCUUCAAAAGGCUCUGAAAGUGCAGUGAAUGAGCUAAAAGGAAUACUGGGGACACUUAACAAGUCCACUAGUUCAAGAAGCUUAAAAUCCCUUGACACUGAACCCAGUGAGACUGAGUUAGAGAGGAUUUUGCGUCGCAGAAAGGUGACGGCAGAAGCAGAUAGCGGUAGUCCAGCCGGAAUAUUAGCCACCUCAGAGUCCAAAUCCAUGCCAGUGUUGGCUUCUGUAUCCAGUGUAACAAAAACAGCCUUGAACAAGAAAACUCUGGAGGCAGAAUUCAACAGCCCGUCCCCCCCAACACCUGAGCCAGGUGAAGGGUCGUGUAAAUUGGAAGGAUGCACAAGUUCCAAGGUUACGUUUCAGCCUCUCAGUAACGCUGGAGGCAGGAGCCAGCCCUUGGGCAAAGAGCAAGAAGCUGGACCCGUUGUAGUUUUAGAUCCUGUUCCCACACACAAACCCCAAACCAAAGACCAGCUCACCGAGAACAAUUCAACCCAACGCCGCGAUGACGAAGAUGAAAUGAAGCCAGAGCACAAGGAAGACAGCAUGGACAAACUGAGGGACACAGACAGCUCCCACUGCUGAUGCGGAAGCCGGAAGGCUGACUUAUGUGUGAGCCCCUUCCGCUGAGUCCGCAAUCAGUUCCGGUGCAUUGGGAAGGGGGCUGCAGACACUCUGUUCUUGUCACCGGACUCGAGUACAGGUCCUUUUCUGGUGUCACUUUUGUAAGUAAUUUACCGACACACAUAAGUAAGUUGUUUAGCAAAAUAUACAUCCUAUGUAGGUUUUAUUUUUCUUUAUAGGGAUAAGCUUCCCCCCCCCCCCAAAUUAUUGUAUCAAGUGUGACUUCUGGAAGGUUGCAAAAAAAAAUCAUGUUUGUCUUUUUCGCUAACGUGCAUCUCACUAAACAAACGGAAUGCCGGAAGUUGGCGGCGCUGUGGAUGAAUGGAGAAACGGAACAGAAGAUGAUUUUAAAAGCCCUCAAAGCAGCUUUUGUUUGGGGUCUGAUCUUCUGAGAGACUGUGGUAGCAUGGCGAUGGUUAGGCACGCGGCACAGAGCUUACUUUCUAGGAUGUCCCGAGAUUAGCAUAAACUCCGGAUCUGCAGGCGUAAACCAGCGCUCCCGUAGUUCAUGCUGCUUACACACGCUGUCGGCUACGGAGCAGAAAAUACGUGUGUAUUUUCACCGUGGCCAGAGCUCCCCAGGGACGUCGGUGGCUCUGGUGGCCUGAGGGGAGAGUGGAGGGGGAAAGUCCCAGCCCUGGAUUUCAUAGAGAAUUCUCUUGUAUAAACGGCGCACUCCGCGCUGGGGGUCAGCUGUGUUCCCUCACAUGCGGAUGAGGCGCCGGUGGCCUGGUUUAUCGGCCAGAGAAGUGACAAGCACAUUCCUGUCUUCCUUCACUGCUGUUCCUCCACAUCAUGCCGGUUUGUUGUAUGUGUGUGUGUGCGGGUUUUUUUUUCCUUUAAGAAAUUAAGUGGUAGGUAGUCUCUAAAAAUACAAUGUUUCAGUCUACCAUGAUGGAUAAAUAGGAAUGUAAUCAGGGAUUUCUAAAAAAAAAAAAAAAACAAACAAAAAAAACCCCCACACCUUAUACAGCAUUUCAGAGUUGAUUGUUUCAAAAUUGGUGUUUAUUUGAAAUAAGUGGUAAGGUACUUGGAUGCAUUUUUUAUGACAAUGAUUCAGUAAUGGUAAUUUUACUAUUAAAGGACGUGAAAGGUUUAGUUUUGUUAGCGCGGCUCAGCAUGUAGCUGUCAGGUGUUUCUCACCUAAGGGCAGAAGAAAAUGAUAGUAAUAAUUGCAGUAGUUGUAUUUUAUUUUUGCACGUGUGCUAAGCAUAGGCUUGACAAGGUGGGUAGGCAGGUAAAUAAAUGUACUUCCGAAAUUUGGAGAUAAUUAUCCUUCUGUAGGUUUGUGAUGCUUGAUUGUUUCCAUGUUCUUCCAGUGAUGAUUUCCGUUACUUAUUGGUUUACUCACGGGGAAUUAAAAUGUUGUGUUUUUUCAAAUGUAAUUUUCCUAACUGAAUAAUAUGCUAUAUGAUGCACUAACUACAGACUGCAUUAACGCUUACACGGGUUCUGUUAUGCUGUGAUUUGAACUCUCCUCACCACACUUAUUAAAAAGCACUGACAGUUUCUCAUUAAA